GGUUUGGCAUUAGUUCGUCUUUGCGGGUAUAUAGGGAGACAUCAGGUUGCGUUGGUGGUAGUUGCAGGGUAUUGCCGAGGGCAGCGGGGCGGGACUUGCAACGGAGAGGACUUUCAUUUUGGUCGCCCAUUAGUGAUCUCGUUAACGGACUGGACUCGUCCGUUAGUGCCUCACUCCACAACCAACCAAUCAAUUCUAUGAAGCAAUCGAUCCAUUAAUCAAUCAGUCGAUCGAUCAAUCUGUCAAUCAAUCAAUCAAUCAACCAAUCAUUCUGUGAACCAGCAAGCCGAAGAGAUGAUGUCCACUUCUUUGUCAGGGCAGCGCGGAAGGGAGCAACCGUCGGGAGCGGUGGCUUUGGACUCGUCGGCCAUUCCCGCCAUGACACUUGGCACGCCCAUCGUCGCCGGCGGUGAAUCUUCGUGCAGCUUGCAAAUAAUGGCUGGUCCAGCGACACGCACUUUGGAUCCGUACGUAGUGGGAUCAUCUGUGCUGGGUGUGAAGUACAAGGAUGGAGUUCUCUUGGCUGCAGACACGCUAGGUUCCUAUGGUUCAACCCUGCGGUUCAAGUCCGUGGAGCGGCUGAGGAAAGUUGGUAAAAAUACAGUGGUUGGUGCUAGCGGCGAGAUCAGUGAUUUCGUAUACAUUAUGUCACUGCUGGAUGAACUUACGACACUUGAUUACUGCUGGGGAGAUGGCAAGGAGCUCAGCCCAAAGGAGGUGCACUCGUAUUUGAAUCGAGUGAUGUACAAUCGCCGAAAUAAGUUUGACCCGUUAUGGAAUGCAGUCAUCGUUGCCGGCGUGCACGGUGGCGAGUCCUAUCUCGGAGUCGUCAAUUUGAUUGGUGUCCAUUAUGAAGAUUCACAUCUCGCAACAGGGUUUGGCAAUCACCUUGCCCGUCCUAUUUUUCGAGCGGAGCACAGAGUGGACAUGACGGAAGAGGAGGCGAUCCGUCUGCUAGAAAAGUCCCUCCGAGUUCUGUACUACCGUGACAAACAAAGCAUCAACAAAUACCAACUGGCAAAGAUCACGGCUGAGGGGACGCAGAUCAGCAAACCUUUUGCACUCACCACCGAGUGGAGCUACACUGCAUUCGAGGAUCCAGCGAAGGUGGCCGUAGGGACCUGGUGAGGAGGAGGAGGAGGAGGAGGAGGAGGAGGAAGUUUCCACACUGCAAUGGUUUAGGGGCUUAUGUUGUAGUAGAUACGAGAAGGGACACAGCAAGUGGAAUCGGUGGAUUAUAAUCGGAAUAGGGAUCAACAGAAAUCUGUCCGGCCGUCAGAUCGCGAUGUGUCCAGCCGUUGGAUCGCGAUCCGUCCAGCCGUCAUUGUCUGCCAUCUUUCCAGCUGCCUGACCUGCAGUUCUUCUCCAGCUGUCUGAUUGGUAUCUGUCUGGCCGUCUGACCGGGAUGGGUCCCGCCGUUCAGUUGCGAUCUGUCCAGCAAUCUUGGACCGCCAUCUGUCCAGCUGUCUGACGGCCGCCAUGACCGCCAGCUGUCCGACCGUCGUCUGUGCAGCUGUGUGACUGUCGUCUGUCCGGCCGUUGUACUGCCGUUUCGUUUUGCAUUUCCUGAUCGCAUUUCUGUCCCUUAGCUCUAAUUUGAUGAUUACAGUGGUUAGAAGGUGACCCCUUUUUUUUCAAAAAAAAAAAGAUGACGGUGUUUUUGUCUUACAGUGGUGCAGUUGCUUCUCUGUACUGGUUUGGCUGCAGUGGAAAUCGGCAGCGGUCUUUCCUGUCAGCUCUCUCUCUCUCUCUCUCAUUUGAUGCUCACGGCUUUCUUCGACUCUGUGUUUGCGUUGCAUGUGUACCGACCCCUGCAAAGGAACUUUGAGUAAUGCCUCUGCUGCUCCUAUGAGCAUCGCAUCGUUCUUCAUUUUACUGUUUUAUUUUUUACACAAUUUUUUUACAGUUAAUAAUUUUGUUUUUCAGUUGAGCAGUCGGAUGCGUUUGGUUUGGCUGUGCAAAAAAGCCAUUGACGCAGUGUGAAGACGGCCCCUUCUGAGAAAGAAGAGAUGGAAGGUGGGAAUAUGAGCACAGCUCUAUCCUGCCGUCUUUCCCCUGGAAUAGAACGUACGAUCAUUAUAGGUUUGCUUGGGGCAAUUUUCAGUCUAGGUACAGUGGGGAUGACCGUACGUUCUAUUCGGGUUAAGACGGUAGUACUGCAUCGCCAAUUCCGCCUGGUCAUUAUCGAUGCGUCUGGACUGAAAGUUGUGCCAAUUUCACAGCUAUAAUGACUGGGCGGUCUAUUCGGGUGAAGACGGGUAGUAGCUCAAAAGUUAUUGUGCGGGGUUCUCUACGUCGCCGUAGAUUUUUGGCAUGUUCAUUUCUUGCUGUUAUUGAGAUCAGGAUAACACAUCCAUCCAUCAGUUUUCUGUGGGUGUGGGUAUAAGCCAGUGCUCUGUGCUAGCGCCUUCCCCCGAAGAGAACGCCUGGACAUUGCAUGUGCAAUUUUUUGGAAAAACUUGUCACAGUGAUCUAGGUGGACUGGAAGUUGGCCGGAACACAGCUAUAAUGACAGCGCAUUCU